UCUUCCAGGGCCAACCGACGAACCAAAGAUGACUCUAGAACAGCCUACAGGUGAGAUGUGGCAGAAGAUCCGAGAGGAAUUGAACGAGAAGCCUGAAGGCAAGGAACAAGAUUUGGAGCAUAUCAAGGAGUGGCUCAAGAAAGAACCACAUCUACCUGAUGAGUUUGAUGACCAACGUAUCAUGACAUUCCUCCGUGGCUGCAAGUUCUCAUUAGAAAAGGCCAAGCGCAAGCUGGACAUGUACUUCACAAUGCGCGCUGCUGUUCCUGAAUUUUUCGACAACCGUGACGUCAUGCGUCCGGAGUUGCAAGAGAUUUUAAACAUCGUUCAAAUGCCACCGUUACCUGGUCUUACUCCAGAUGGUCGACGAGUCAUCCUU